CCUGUGUGUCUGCGGAGAAUUAUCCAGAAGAGGAGCAGAGGGAGUCGAGCCACCUCUGCGUUUGUCAGAGGAACGCUAAGGAAGCAUGUGUAACGCGUUUGCAUGUGGAAGGGUUUUGUCUGUGGUUUCAUGGGCUUCCAACUUUCAUGUCCAUGUGUUAAUACAGAAGUAAUACUUGAGGUGAAUGCUUUCCGAUUUUGUCUUCAAAGCAGUAUGUUUUAGUAUGGACCCAGUCUUGCUGAAUGGGUAGACCUAGCCAUUCCUUGCCAGUUUGUGAUGUUAUUUCCUCCUGGACAUAGCCAUUGCCUUGUAUGUGACUGCCAAAAUAUGUGAAGUGACUCAAUUGCUCCCUUGUCUUUUAAAGAAAUUGGGCCCUAUGCUUUCCUAAGAUAAUGUACAGGAGUUUGAGACAUCUGCUUGUGGCCUGGAAUGAAUUUAUGAUACUGCACAGCCUUGCUUUGGAGGCAAAAGGGAAAGCUGGCUGUGAGACAGACUUGAAAUUAGUGUGCUGCAAAUUGAAAAUGUCCUUUUACAAACAGAUAACUUGUCAGCCAAGUCUCGGGCACCUGGUCAUGUCUGGUUCGUGGAGCAGUCAGCUGUAAUGUCCUGGUGGUGCAGAGAGCUCUGUGUGUGCCAACAGGGUUAAAAGUGUGAGAGUUGGGACUGGGUUUGUGGAGGAGCUGGGUUAGCACCCUACCAUUGUCCCAGAGAGCCCUUGAUCAAGCCCACACUUACUGCAGGGGAUGGUUGGUGAAGCCUCCUUCUCCCCUGGUGGGCAGGGUGGCUUUGUCACCACCAAGCUGAGCCCCUUCUCCUGUCCUCUGCCAGCAGGGAGGAUGAGUGCAGAGCACUGGCUUGCCAGGCACUGUCCAAUUCUCAGUCUCCAGUAGAGGUCAGAAAAAUUGUUGUGACUGCUGAUAGUGAUAUGUAUCUUUUAAAUGCUGGAGGAGACUUCUCCUGGGAGUGUAUCCAAACUGCGUGGCGUUUCUGCAGCCUUUUGUCAGGGACAUAAAGAAGUGUAAUCUUAAGAGCUGUCGGAAUUGAGAUUUCGGAAGCACUUGACUGUUUGUGAAUGUUGAAUGGCUGAGUGAUGCAGUGCGUCUGGAGAGGGUGGUUGAUGGUCAGGACCUUUGGUGAGACACUUCUUGCUUUCCAUGGGGCCUGAUUCAAAACUAUUUCCCUCCCACUUUUCUGGUGUUUAUCUUUUAUAUUCUUGAUGAUCUUUUGUCAGCUGAGCAAAGAAAAAUAAUACAAAGUCUUUAGACUAGACUUUACAUUCCUGAUUAACAUUUAUCUCGUGGAGGAUGUUUAUGCUGUCUGCUGAUAAUUCUUUCAUUAUAUAGGAGAAUUACAUACUUGUACAAGUGAGAAAUAAUUGGUACAAGUGUUGCUCUAAUUUGCUAUUUAAUCAGAACCAAAUGCAGUCUGGGGAAGAGAAUGCCAUAAUACCAAGGUCAUGAGAAGGGAUCUGAUGUUGUUCUGACUUAAAGACGAUGUGAAAAACCGUGGUGUGGAAACCUGAGUUCAAGUUCUGCCUUGCUUUACUAUUUGCCAUUUGACUUCCUGUGCAAGAGUUGUUUCAGGUUUGGAGGUUAAGCCCCCAGGUCUCAGCAUUAAGGGCAGCAGAGGGGCAGGAGGUGGCUGCUGUGAACACUGGCAGCGGUGCUGAAGCUCUGUGAGUGUUGCUUUAUUUGGUUUUGUUGCAGGAUGGUGCUGCUAUGUUUGUUGCAGCUGUUUGGAAAUCUUUCUAAGGGAGUCUCCAAGUCCUCAGGGUUUGAAGUGAUUCUCAUUUGGGAAGAGGGUGAAGGCUGUCGUACUGUCCCACUUUCUGGACACGUAGGAUUUGAUAGUUUGCCUGACCAGCUGGUUAAUAAGUCAGUUAAUCAUGGGUUUUGUUUCAACAUCCUGUGUGUGGGGGAAACUGGCCUUGGUAAGUCCACCCUCAUGGACACCCUUUUCAACACCAAGUUUGAAGGUGACCCAGCAUCUCACUCACAGCCUGGGGUCCAGCUGAAAUCCAGUACCUAUGACCUGCAGGAGAGCAAUGUCAACCUCAAGCUGACUAUUGUGAGCACAGUGGGCUUUGGGGAUCAGAUCAACAAAGAGGACAGCUAUAAGCCCAUCGUUGAGUUCAUUGAUGCUCAGUUUGAGGCCUACUUGCAAGAAGAACUGAAGAUAAAAAGGGUCUUGCACAACUACCAUGACACCCGGAUCCACGCUUGCUUGUACUUCAUUGCUCCCACAGGCCAUUCUCUGAAAUCCCUGGACUUGGUAACGAUGAAGAAGCUUGACAGCAAGGUGAAUAUCAUUCCCAUCAUUGCCAAAUCUGAUGCCAUUUCCAAGAGUGAGCUGACCAAGUUUAAAAUUAAAAUCACAAGUGAACUGGUCAGUAAUGGGGUCCAGAUCUACCAGUUCCCGACAGACGAUGAAUCAGUGGCAGAGAUAAAUGGGACAAUGAAUGCCCACUUGCCAUUUGCAGUGAUUGGGAGUACGGAGGAGCUGAAAAUAGGAAACAAAAUGAUGAAAGCUCGUCAGUACCCUUGGGGCACAGUGCAGGUGGAGAAUGAAGCUCACUGUGACUUUGUGAAGCUGCGGGAGAUGCUGAUCCGUGUGAACAUGGAAGACCUCCGUGAGCAGACCCACACACGCCACUAUGAGCUCUACAGGCGAUGUAAACUGGAAGAGAUGGGUUUCAAGGACACUGAUCCAGACAGCAAACCCUUCAGCUUACAAGAAACUUACGAAGCCAAAAGAAAUGAGUUUCUGGGAGAACUGCAGAAAAAGGAAGAGGCAAUGAGACAGAUGUUUGUCCAGAGGGUCAAGGAAAAAGAAGCAGAGUUGAAGGAGGCUGAAAAAGAGCUGCAUGAAAAGUUUGAUCGCCUGAAGAAAUUGCAUCAGGAUGAAAAGAAGAAGCUAGAGGAUAAGAAGAAAUCUCUGGAUGAUGAAGUAAAUGCAUUUAAACAAAGGAAGACAGCAGCUGAAUUGCUUCAGUCACAGGCUCAACAGGCUGGAGGAUCACAAACUCUUAAAAGGGAUAAGGAAAGGAAAAAUUAGCUGCUGUUUGGCUGCAUGGUGCAUGAGGCACAUUGUCCUGGUAAGCGUCAUUAACUAAUAGAACCUCACAGUGGGAUCAGUUACCUUUCUGAGAAAAGCAGACUGUGUGCAAGUCCUGAAGCUUAUAAGUAUUAUCUCUGUCUUCCUCUGCUUUCACCCCCACUAUAUGUGCUCUACCAGUCACUCUCUACAUGUGCAGUUGUAGAAAAAGUAUGUAAUUAUCUUUAAAGAUUCUGCAAAGUUAAAUUCAGAGACUCAGGAUAAUAUGGAACAUAGAAGAAUAAAGAUUACGUCCUCUUCCUGUUAAAUCUUCCCAGCACUUCAUUGGCUCUUUAUUCCAUCUCUCUUAAAAAUAAACUAUAUUCUUUAAUCACACAGGCCAUGUUGAUACUAUGGCAACAAUUGCUAUGGAGAUGUGGGCAUGAUGAUACAGCCCAGCUAGCCAUGAAAAUCUCUCUCUUUCCUCUCUCCUCCUUCCCUCCCACUCCUCCAAGCUGUAAUGUUAACUUGUGAUUACAGUGAGGGUGAAGGUAGAUAAGACUAGUUUCUAUCAUCCUCAUUAGGGUUAUUAGUUAAAUGGCUAAUGACAGCUACUUACAGCUAGGUUGAGUGGGUUUAAUUGAGCAUUUUUAAUUUGCUGGUGAUUCUCUGGUGAGAGGAAGAGGAAACCUCCCACAGGAAUGUCUUUCUUCUUCACAGAGAACCAAUACUCAUUAUCCAAGGCAAGCAUGACAGUGCCCUAGGCUGAGGUGCACUGGCCUCUCAGAGAAGGGACCCUAUUGGAAAUAAACUAUAAAACACCCUAAAAACUCAUCUUUGGGUCCACCCUUCCCUGCAGACAAAGCUAAGACUUGCAUUCUCUCCUGGAUAGUCCACACUAAAUUAUGGUCUACCCUUAAACUGGUAGAAGCUGAUUCCAGGAUUCCUUCCCUCUUAACUCCACCAAGGGAAAUGGAAAAGCAAGUAAACAUCAUGCUGUCAGUGAGAGGCAUUUGAAUCUAAGUUAAAUGGGACCUUCCACUUAACAGAAGAGCUUCAGAAGGGUCUUGCACUGACUCGAACUGGUGCUUGCAGUUGUCUUGAGCUGUCCAGUUGAAUGAAUGUCUCUGCUGCCAACAGUAACUGUAGAACAAUGAAAAGAACAAUUCUCUGCUUAUCAGGCUCUGAAUGUAGAAAAAUAAGCUCAAAGAAUAAAUGUGUUCAUUCUGGUGCUGAGUACGAAGGCACAGCUAAAGUGCAGUUAGAGUGAACAUUACUGAUUUUUGUUGGUUUUGGAUUGCUUUUGGCAAUCCUCACAUAACUGUACACUGUUGUGUGCUGGGCUUUGAAUCAAAUGAAGUUCUUUGUUCCCACUACACAAAUGCAGACAGUGCCUUUUUCAAUGGGCAUUUGUCAUUGCUAAAUUAAAUAUGUAUAUGUGGUACUUUUCCAGGAUUUAGAAAAACACUCUCCAUAUUGAUCCAUAAAGUGUUCCAGGGCUUCACUGUUUUGCAAGGAUACAAACAAGUCACAGUUGAUGAGUCCUGUAGCUUGCAAAACUGUGAAAGGAUUGUUUUAGAAAAUAAAUUUGGUUCAUCCCACUGCUGAGUGUGUGUGUGUCUGCAUAAAGCAUGUUUUGUAGUCAGAUUAAACCUUAUUAACACUUAGCAACAUUUUUUUUGUGUGUGUGCGUGCUCAUUAGGAAAAUUUGUAUUUUUAUUUUGGUUUUUGUCAUUAAUCCAUAAAACCAUUAACCUGCCUUUUUCUUUCAUUUUCAGUUCGGGUUUCCUGUAGAACCUUUCCCUUGGCCCCAGAGGCGAAUGCCCCACCCUCGGCUGUGCCAUUGUGCCUGUUUACUCACCUUUCCCAUUGCUCCCCUCCUGUGCUCAUCACUCGGGGUUAAACCAGAGUUCUUGGCCGCUGGGGUUGUUCUUGUGAGGGACCCUGCUGGCCAGAGGGGCUUGUGCCAGGUUCCUCCUGCCCCUUGGGCAGCAGCAGGACACCCACUGCUCCUGGGCGAGUGUCCCCUCUCCCCUGCUCAGCUUUUCCCUCGCUCCGUGCUGUCAGAGCUGCUUGGGGGGUGCAUUUAGCUCCCAGUACUGCUGUGGGGUGGGAUGUGCUGUCUCCAGAGACUGGCUGCCCUCUUCCCAUGGUAAUUUGCUGUUCCUAAGCCCUCAUUAUCCCCUGUGCUGCCAUGUGUGACUCAAAUAACUUUCAAGGACUUUUUGCAAAACUUGACAUCCUCACAGGCAUGGGCCUGAGUCCAAACCUCUAAUUCCCAGGCUUGAGGAAAUCUCAAAUUUGGAUCCAUGGUUUGCAACUAAGUGUUCUCUGAAUGCUGCAGGGGUCAUGAAGGAUCUCUUGCCUGGUCUCCCUCUCAGUGUGCUGACCUGGAUGCACAUCCUGGAUCCAAUCUCAGGGAAAGCUGGUCACCUUGCUGUACAAAUCAGUGUUUCUGAAGAAAGACGAUGCUGUUUCAUUGACUUUCUUCUCAGUGAUUCCAACAAUUUCUGGUUUUAAUGCAAAAAAAAAAAUACUACCUUUAUUUGUUUUUAAUCUGGCAUUUCUUUAGAACUGUACAGAUGUUGACAGUUUUUUUCUCAUAUUUUCUAUUCAGCAAAAGCCUUGUUUUUAUUGCAAGAUUUGCACUAAAAAGGAGGGUGUUUUGCUCACUGGGCCAGGAGUUCACUCUGGCCAAGUGUAACUGUGGUUUGCAUGCAAGUGUCUUCUCUCUGUAUUUCUGUCUUGACUUUUGUUUUUAAAUAAAGAGUUCAUCAGACAGUGAAUUCUGGUUAACAUUUA